ACGUCAUUCUUUACUCUGCAUUGUUGUGUUACAUUACUGCCGUCAACAAUCCGCUUUGUUAUUGCGGAAAGAACUGAGCAGUGAAUCGCUUGUAGAAGAAGUGCGUCGUAGACUACAGAAUUUUGUGCUGUUAGACACCUUUAGAAUAUCACAAGUACUUUCCUUAUAUACGAAUUAUUAAGAAAUCUGUGAUACUGCCCUCCACUCUCUCCAUUUUAAUUUUGAUUCAAUUUAUGAUUGCCGGUGGACAUCGAGGUCUGUUACUAUUGAACAACGUAUGAGGAUGACAACACAACUUGAGAAAUUCAUCAAGCAGGAAGAAGAUCGUGAUGGAGUACGAUUUACAUGGAAUAUUUGGCCAUCAAGUCGACUAGAGACAACACAUUUAGUUGUACCACUUGGCUGUUUGUAUCUGCCAUUAAAGGAGAGAACAGAUUUAUCUCCAAUUCAAAAUGACCCAGUGUUGUGCAGGCAGAGGACAUGUAGAGCAAUUCUCAACCCUUUGUGUGGGGUGGACUAUCAUGCUAAAUUCUGGGUGUGCAAUUUUUGCUUACAAAGGAAUCCUUUUCCACCACAGUAUGCUGCAAUAUCAGAACAGUAUCGACCAACCGAACUCAUUCCAAAGUUUUCUACCAUUGAAUAUGUCAACACUCAUGCACAACAUUUACCACUCAUUUUCCUCCUAGUGGUGGACACAUGUAUUGAUGAUGAAGAUUUAAGUGCACUGAAAGAUACUCUUCAAAUGUCUCUUAGUUUACUUCCUCCUAAUGCUCUUAUUGGUCUCAUCACAUUUGGAAAAAUAGUAUACUUGCAUGAGCUGGGCUGCAAAGGAAUUUCAAAAAGCUAUGCUUUUAGGGGCACUAAAGAUUACACAGCAAAGCAGAUUCAGGAUAUGCUAAGAAUCUAUAAAUUCAGUGCACCUCAGCAGCAGCAAAAUCGAAGUCCUGGAGGACAGGUGUUACCACCAGCUAACAGGUUUCUGCAGCCAGUUUACGAAUGUGACAUGAGCCUUACUGAUUUACUUGGAGAGCUACAGCGUGAUCCUUGGCCAGUGGCCCAAGAUAAACGGUCACUCCGAUCUACAGGUGUUGCUCUGUCCAUUGCUGUUGGAUUACUGGAGUGCACAUGCCCAAAUACAGGAGCAAGGAUCAUGUUAUUUGUAGCAGGGCCUUGCUCUCAAGGACCUGGCCAAGUGGUGAAUGAUGAUCUUCGCCAACCAAUCAGGUCACAUCAUGACAUCCAUGGAGAUAAUGCGACGUACAUGAAGAAGGCCAUAAAACAUUAUGAGUCUCUGGCCAUGCGUGCGGCAAUAAAUGGUCACGCUAUAGAUAUUUAUUCAUGUGCUCUGGACCAAACAGGUCUGUUGGAAAUGAAGCAGUGCUGUUACUCUACAGGUGGCCACAUGGUUAUGGGUGAUUGCUUCAACUCAUCACUAUUUAAACAAACAUUUCAGAGAGUAUUUUCUAGAGACCAGAAAGGUGAACUCAAAAUGGCUUUUAAUGGGACCCUAGAAGUGAAGACAUCAAGAGAAUUGAAAGUGUCAGGAGCCAUUGGUUCAUGUGUGUCCCUUAAUGUGAAAGGACCAUGUGUAUCAGACACAGAAAUAGGAAUGGGAAAUACUUGCCGGUGGAAGUUCUGUACAUUUAAUCCAAAUUCAACAUGUGCACUUUUCUUUGAAGUUGUGAAUCAGCAUUCUGCACCGAUACCUCAAGGAGGUAAAGGCUAUAUCCAAAUGAUCACACAGUAUCAGCAUUCCAGUGGACAGAGCCGCAUACGAGUCACAACGAUAUCUAGAAAGUGGGAAGAUGCUUCAACCAAUUUACAUCAUAUAAGCGCUGGAUUCGACCAAGAAGCUGCAGCUGUGUUAAUGGCCAGGAUGGUUGUGUAUAUAGCAGAGACAAGUGCUGAUCCAAAUGUGUUAAAAUGGGUAGAUCGCACGCUCAUCACACUUUGUAAGAAGUUUGGCCAAUAUGCAAAAGAUGAACCAAACAGCUUCUGGCUACCAGAGAAUUUUACUCUUUAUCCACAAUUUAUGUUUCACCUACGGCGGUCACAUUUUCUCCAAGUUUUCAAUAAUAGCCCUGAUGAAACAUCCUACUACAGACUUAUGUUAAUGAGAGAGGAUGUGACCCAGUCUCUCCCUAUGAUCCAACCAAUACUAUACAGCUACAGCUUAAAUAAGCCACCCGAGCCUGUACUUUUGGACACUAGCAGUAUACAGCCUGACCGUAUUCUCUUUAUGGACACAUUCUUUCUGAUACUCAUCUUCCAUGGAAAGACCAUAGCUCAGUGGCGAUCUUCAUAUUACCAAGAUAUACCAGAAUGUGAGAACUUCGUGAAGCUGCUCCAGGCACCUAUAGAAAAUGCACAAGAAAUUCUUCAGACACGAUUCCCAUUGCCUUGCUAUAUUGAUACAGUGCAGGGGAGCUCACAGGCCCGAUUUCUGCUGUCAAAAGUCAAUCCUUCACAAACUCAUCAGAACGUGUUUGAAUAUGAAAGGGAAAGUGGCUGUCCUGUUUUAACAGAUGAUGUCAGCUUGCAAGUUUUCAUGGAACAUCUCAAGAAGCUGGCUGUUUCUUCUACUACAUAGAUUUUAUGAACAUGGUGUUGAUAUGCAUACCUGUGUUAAUUUAACUCCAUGAAAAAUGAGAACAGCAUAAGUGUGUGACAUCAUAUUGUGUGAUUAUUGUUGAGCAGUAUUUCAGCUCUGCAGCAAGUACCUUCCAGUUUGAUAAAACAUGUGGACAGAAUUGGUUCUUUUUUGUGACAGAAUGUUUGGAACUAUUUAUUGUUCACAAAACCUGACACAGAUUUUGACAAACGCAUGUAUGCCCAAAGAUUACCUAAUGAGAGGUGUUUGUAUUAGUCUGUUGAGGAUUAUAACAUAAUUACUGUUCUUUAUUACUUGUGUAUGUGUAUUCGUUAAUUAAAUAUGACAGGAUGGUUAUGAAUGAUA